GCGGGGCUGCCGGGGCGGCCCGGGGCGGCCUGGGGAGCCGGGAGGCGGCGUCGCCAGCCGCGCCCAUCGUGCCAUGAACGGGUUGCCGUCGUCCGAGGCGCCGGGCGGCGCCCUGGCGGGGCUCCCGCCGCUCCCGCGCGGCCUCAGCGGCCUCCUCAACGCCAGCGGGGGCUCGUGGCGGGAGCUGGAGCGCGUCUACAGCCAGCGCAACCGCAUCCACGACGAGCUGAGCCGGGCCGCCCGCGCGCCCGACGGGCCCCGCCCGGCCGCCGGCGCCGCCAGCUCCGGAGCCGCCGCCGGGCCGCGGCGCCCGGUCAACCUCGACUCGGCACUGGCCUCGCUGCGCAAAGAGAUGGUGGGGCUGCGGCAGCUGGACAUGUCCCUCCUGUGCCAGCUGUGGGGGCUGUACGAGUCCAUCCAGGACUACAAGCACCUGUGCCAAGACCUGAGCUUCUGCCAGGACCUGUCGUCCUCGCUGCACUCGGACAGCUCCUACCCGCCCGACGCCGGCCUGUCUGACGACGAGGAGCCCCCCGACGCCAGCCUGCCGCCAGACCCGCCGCCCCUCACGGUGCCCCAGACGCACAACGCCCGGGACCAGUGGCUGCAGGACGCCUUCCACAUCGGUCUCUGAAGAGCCGGGGUGGGUGGGAACGCACGCGUGCAAGCGCGAAAGGCGCAGAACUUGUCCAUCAGCGAGUCCUCAGACAACAGUGCCUGCUCUGCCACCUGUACCUCAGCUCCGCUCAGGAGGGCGAGACCGCCGGGCCCCCUCCUCCCGGCCAGCUGGCACCGGGUGGGCACCGCCCCGGGCCUCCACCUCUCCCCGUGUGCACCCGGCCCGGCCGGCCUGCCUGCGGCCCGGCGGUGGGGCCCGACGCUCCCUGCACCCCCCGUGGUAACUCUGGGUUGGGGUCCCGGAGUGCCCAGCUCCUCCCAACCCCCCUCCCCCCCCCUUCUUCACCUUCGCUGCUACCUGGCAGCGGCCUGCUCAGGGGCACCCCGCCCGCAGUCCCGGGCACCCACGGCCGGAGGGCGAGACCCCCGGCUGGGUGCCGAGGUUGAGGGGCCACUUCCUGGAUGUGUAGAUAAAUAAACGCUCAGUGUGACGC